GCGUCAGUACGCGCGCGCCCUCGCCAUGGCUCGGUGGGUGCCGGCCCUCGUGGCCCUGCUGCUGCUCGUCUCAGACUCGUCCGCCGCGCGCAAGACGCCCCCCCCGCGCACCGAACCGCAGAUCGAGGAGGUCACCGCCAAGCAGCUGGAGCGAGUGCUGGAGGAGAAGGACUACGUGGCGGUGUUCUGGUAUGCCAGGAGUUGUGUCACUUGCGACAAAGUUCUAGAAGAACUAGAAAAGAUAGAUGAUGACACUGACACGUUCGGCGUCGACUUCGUUAAGAUCAACGACAAGAGACUCGCCAAACAAUAUGGCAUUACGAAAUUCCCCGCCCUCACGUAUUUCCGUGAGAUGGAACCGAUUAUAUACGAAGGAGAUCUCAUGGACGAAGAGAGCGUCUUAGAUUUCCUGACGAGCUUAGAAGCAAUGGACCUUCCUGACCGGAUAGAAGAAGUCAACCAAAAGAUCCUGGACAAAAUCAUCGAAGAUACUGAAUACGUUGCCGUUCUUUUCUGUCCUGAUCACAAAAAUUGCGGCCCGAUGAACAACAAACCUGAAUGCAAAAAAUGUGCAAAAGCUUUACAAGAGCUGGAAAAUAUUGAUGACGAAGCUGACCAACUUGGUAUUGGUUUCGUAAAGAUCCAUGAUGAGGAACUUGCUGAAGAGUACAGUCUUGGAGAGUUGCCAAGAUUGGUGUACUACAGGCAUCAAAUACCUGUUAUCUAUGAAGGUGAGCUGAGCAAAGAAGAAGAUGUCUUGGAAUGGCUCAUUGCGAACAAGUCGACUGGGGAUGAAGAAGACGUGAUCGAGGAUGUAACAGCUAAAACACUUAACACACUUAUUGGGAAUGUUGAUAAUCUUGUUGUUUUGUUUUAUGAUCAUGGUGAUGAAGAGUCAAUGACAGUCUUGGGUGAAUUAGAAAAAAUUGAUGACGAUUGCGAUCGCCACGGAAUUCAGUUUGUAAAAAUUGACGACAAAAAGGCUGCAAAAGAUUUUGGUAUCGAUGAUAUUCCCUCAAUUGUCUACUUCGAAAAGCAAAUCCCCAAUGUUUAUGACGGUGAUCUCGAGAAUGAAGAAGAAAUUUUAGUCUGGCUCGUUGAUCAGUUGGAAAAAGAUGAAAUUGAAGAUGUUACCGAUGAGAUGCUGGAUAAGCUAAUAAAAGAUGGAAAAACUGUGGCUGUUUUAUUUUAUGAUAACAACGAUCGUAAGUCUCAGAAAGUGCUAAAUGAAUUGGAAAAUAUAGAUGAUGAAUGUGACCAACUGGGCAUUGCGUUUGUUAAAAUUGAUAAUGACGAAGAAGCUAAAGAAUACGGUAUCGAAAAAGUUCCUACUUUACUUUACUUUGAAAAAGGAAUUCCAACAUAUUAUGAAGGAAAUUUGGAAGAAGAGGAAAAAGUUCUUAGUUGGCUACAUCACCAAACUGAAAGUGAUGAGAUUGAAGAUAUCACAGAUGAAAUGCUCGACCUAAUUAUAGACAAAAUGCCUUACGUUGCUGUUUUGUUCUAUGAUAAGGAUCAAAAAAAGAGUCAGAAAGUGUUGGCUGAAUUAGAAAAUAUAGAUGAUGAAUGCGAUCAAAAUGACAUUGCUUUCGUUAAAAUCGAUGACGACAAGGAAGCAAAAGAAUACGGCAUUGAGAAUGUUCCAACUAUGGUGUUCUUCGAAAAGAGAAUUCCUCAUAUUUACGAGGGUGAUUUGAUGAAAGAAGAAGAGCUCCUGGGUUGGUUAUUGCACCAGAAGCGACACUGUGAAAUACCCGAAGUUACUGAUGAGAUGAUGGACAAGCUUAUAGAAUCUUCGAAAUUUCUGGCCGUUAUAUUCUAUGAUAAAGAUGACAAGCAAGACAUAAGGAUUCUUAAUGAACUAGAAAAUAUAGAUGAUGAAUUAGAAAAAGAAGGGAUUGUAAUCGUUCGAAUCGACAAUGACGCUGAAGCUAAAGAAUAUGGCAUCGACCAUCUACCUACAUUAGUUUACUUUGAAGAUAAUAUACCUGCUGUUUACGAAGGCGAUCUUUUAAAUGAGGAUGAAGUCUUAGAGUGGCUUAUUGAACAAAAAAACAGCGCCACUAUAGAAGAAGUUACUGAUGAAAUUUUGACAGAUCUUAUCGAAGAACAUGAGUACGUGGUAGUGUACUUCAGUGGAACUUGCGAAGAGGGUGAAGAAUGUGACAAUAUUUUAAAUGAACUAGAAAAUAUAGAUGAUGAGCUAGAUGAAACAGGCAUUAUCUUUGUAACAACUGAAGAUACGUCUUUAGCUAAAAAAUAUGGAAUCAAAAAUUUCCCAACUCUUGUCUUCUUUAGAAACAAAGAACCUCUUAUUUACAAAGGUGAUAUCGAGGACGAAGAUGAAGUUUUAGCGUGGUUAACAGAUGAAGAUACCUUGGAAAUUCCUGGCAAAAUUGAAGAAGUAAACUCAAAAAUGUUAGAAAAAAUAUUAGAGGAAAAUGAUCAUAUUGUUGUUUUCUUCUAUAAAGAAAAUGAUAAAAAAUCACAGAAAAUAUUAAGCGAAUUAGAAAACAUUGAUGAUGAGUGUGAAGAAAAAGACAUCGACUUCGUAAAAACAUCCGAUGAAGGAGUCGAUAAGGAAUAUGAUCUUCCUGACUUGCCAGCUCUGGCUUUCUAUCGGCAUAAAUUUAGGACCAUCUAUGACGGGGACCUUAUGCAUGAAGAGGCAAUUCUAAAAUGGGUUUUAGAACUACAUGAUUCACAACCUGAUGUCAUUGAAAGUGUUGAUAGAAAAACUUUAAAAGACCUUAUCGAUGACGUCGAACACUUAGCGGUGUUUUUCUAUAGUGAUAAAUGUGACACCUGUGAAGAAAUUUUGGAAGAGUUGGAAACAAUUGAUGAUGACACCGACAAACACGGAAUACAGUUUGUAAAAUCCAAAGAUGCAAAAUUAGCUUCUGACAUGGGUAUAUUUAGUUUCCCCGCUUUGGUUUACUAUGAAACUGGUGUGCCGAUUAUGUACGAUGGUGACUUAAAGAACGAAAAUAAGGUUCUCCAGUGGCUAGUAGAUCAAAAAAGUGAAGAUAGCCACCGACCAAAAAAAAAAGUUAAUCCUAAAUCAAAGGCCAAUGCAGAUGUUGAUAAAAGAAAGGGGUUUCUACGGAGUGGGAGCACCAAAGAAUCAUCUAAAGAAAAACAAAAAAUAACUGAAUGGAAGAAAUCAGGAAAUAUAAAGGUAGCAUAUUCGAGUGGACUUACUGAUAAAAAAAGCCACGAAGGCAAUCGUAAGAGUAUAGUUGAUUAUGAUAAUAGUAACGAUGAUGACGACGAUGACGAUGAUGAUGAUGAUGACGAGGACGACGACAACGACGACGACGAUGAUGAUGAUAAUGAGGAUGACGAUGACAGUGAAGAUGUAGAUGUGGGAGAUGAUGACAACGAUGAUGAAGAUGAUGACAAUGGUGAAGAUGAUGACGACGAUGACAGUAGUAGUCUGAAAAGUUUUAUUCAACAUAAACUUUCAUUUUUUAGAAGUACUCCAAAUAGUGAACUAUCGAAACUUAAAGUACAUUCUUUUAGUAAGAAGAUGUCACCAAAAUAUGUUGACGAUGACGAUAGUGACAAAAACGACGAUGAUGACGAUGACGACGAUGAUGACAAUGAGGACGACGAUGACGAUGACGAUGACGAUGACGAUGACGAUAACGAUGACGAUGACGAUGACGAUGACGAUGACGAUGACGAUGACGAUGACGAUGACGAUGACGAUGACGAUGACGAUGACGAUGACGAUGACGAUGAUGAUGAUUCUCACGAUGACAAUGAUAAAGAUGACGAAGACGAAGACGAGGAAGAUACUGAAGGCGAUAUCGAUAUACGAACACAUAAUAAGAUAUAUGGUUACAAAAUAGCUAAAACACGUAAUAUAUAUGAUAAUGAUGAUGAUGAUGAUGGCGAAUAUAAGCAUGAAGACGAAGAUGGUAUAUUCAGUAGAAUAAAGAAAAUAUUUACAGGCGAUCGCUGUUUCUACAUUGGAUUGGGGGCGAAACCGGCCGUCCCAAAAAUGACUUACGAACCCUACCAGUGCUGUCCCACUAAAGUUCAGAGUCCAACAAAAGUAGCGAAGGCGACCCCUACCAAGGUACCUGCUAAGAAACUCGGCAAGGACAAAUCAACUCCUGAAAAGCCUUCCAAGAGCAAGAAUAAGGCCUUAGUGAAACCAGAUAAACCGGGCAAAGGAAAAAAAGGGAAUUUAUUGGAUGAAACUGAAGUUCUUGAUUGGAUGGUCAAACAAAAAGAAGAUGAGAGUAUAGAAGGAAUAGACAGAGAUAAAUUAUUUAAAUAUAUCGAAACAAAAGAAUUUUUGGCUGUUGUAUUUUAUAAAGACGAUGAUCCUUUAAGUCCUAGAAUCCUAAGGCACGUGGAACUUAUCGACGAUGAAGCUGCUGAAUAUGGCAUAAAAAUUGUCAAGUGUAGCGAUCGCUUGAUGGCAAAGAAAUAUGGUUUUAGAAAUCCACCUGGUAUUACAUAUUUUAGGAAGACUAAAUAUAUUAAUUAUGAUGGUGAUAUAGAUGAUGAGGAAGAAAUACUUGACUGGCUGACAAAUCCAGAAAAUAUGGAACUAACGGAUCACAUAGAAAAAGUCAACAAAAAAAUGUUUCAAAAAAUAAGACAGACCUCAGAUUACGUUGCUGUAUUCUUUUACAGUAAUGACUGCAAACAAUGUCCUAAAGUACUGGCCGAAAUUGAGCACAUAGAUGACGAUGCUGACGCUGCUGGUAUAAACUUUGUGAAAAUAGAUGACCGGCAGAUGGCAAAAGAGUUUGGAGUCUUUGCAUUACCAGCCGUAUUGUUCUUUAAAUUGGGUUCUAAAGAUCCAGUUAUAUAUGCAGGUGAUAUGUACGACGGACAACAAUUACUGAACUGGCUAUUGACCCAGAAAGACCCUGCAGGUGAUGUCAUAGAAGCACUGGAAGGACAAGAAUUGUUGGACUUAAUAGAAGAUUCUGCAUCAUUAGCUGUAUACUUCUGGAAUAGAACAUUGUGCGAAUUGUGCAAUGCGAAAGCAACGAAAAAGCUGAAAAAGAGUAUUAGAGAACACGAUGAAGAGGAAGGGCAAGAGAUAGACGAUUCCCUUGACUGUGAGCAAUGCACCGGAAUUUUGGAAGAGCUCGAAAAUAUCGACGAUGACUGUGAUAGACAUGGAAUUAAAUUUGUUAAGACUCAAGAUUAUUCAAUUGCAGAAUCUUACGGUGUCACAGAUUUUCCUGUUUUAGUUUACUUUGAAAACAAUGUACCUAAUGUAUAUGAAGACUCUUUAGCUGAAGAAGAAGAAGUUCUCCAGUGGUUAAUAACCCAGAAAACGGAAGACCGCAUUGAACUUAUAACAAGAGUAAUGUUAGAAAAAAUGGUGGAAGAGACCCAAUAUCUAGCAGUAUAUUUUUAUAAGUUGAACUGCCACAUUUGUGAUCAUAUACUUGAAGAAUUGGAAAAGAUUGAUGACGAAUGUGAUGUUUAUGGUAUUCAUAUGGUUAAAAUUCAAGACCCACAACUAGCGAAGAGAUAUUCUAUAAAGACUUUCCCGGCAAUGGUUUACUUUAGAAAUGGAAACCCACUUUUAUUCGAAGGUGACUUGCAAAAUGAAGAAUCUAUCCUAGAAUGGCUAAUUGAUGAUGAUAAUCGUGAAUUAGCUGAUGAAAUUGAGUCAGUCAACGAUCGAAUGCUUGACAGACUUCUUUUUGAAUCACAUUUGCUUGCAGUAUUUUUCUAUGACGAAGAAGAUUGUCCAGAAUGUCAAGAUAUUCUUGAAUCUCUCGAACAGAUUGAUGGAGAAGUUGAUCAAUUCGGAAUUGACUUUGUUAAAAUAUCGAGUCAUGAAGCGGCUGCUAAAUAUAAUAUUGUUAAUAUACCUUCCCUUGUUUAUUUCCGCAAACGAACACCGAUGUUCUAUGACGGUGACCUACAUCAGGUAGAUAGAGUUCUUCAAUGGUUGACGUCUCAAGAAGUUUUCGAAUUGAAAAAUGAAAUAGAGGAAGUUAACCGAAAAAUGUUAGAUAAAUUAUUAGAAGAAAACGAGUUUCUUGCUGUUUAUUUCUAUGAAAAUACAGCAGAAAGUCGUAUAGUGUUAGACAAGUUGGAAAAUAUCGAUAGUGAAACUGAUAAUUUGGACAUAACGUUUGUUAAAAUGCAUGACCCAAGAUAUGCCCGCAAGUGGGGUGUAACUAGACUACCGGCUAUCGUUUACUUUAGGAAACGAUUUCCGAGUAUAUACCGAGGUGAUGUUAUGGAAGAGAAUGAGGUUUUGGAAUGGCUGCGCAAGAAUAGAUUUAGGCAGCCAGAGCUGAAUAUAUUCAUGAAAAAAAAAAUACGGCAUUUUAAUUUCAUUUAAGACUGUAUAAUACUUUUCGUUUGGUUACGACUCGUUCGUUGGUGUGUUACAAUCCUUAUUAUUUAUGCAUGCGGUUUUACUAUUUUAAUGUUGUAAUUAUUUAUUCAUUGAAAGACAGAAUUAAAAUUUGUUCUUAUUACAAAUUUAACUACCAGAGGAUAUAAUUAUGUUCUAUAAGUAUCUUUAAAUAUUUUGUCGUCUGUUUAUACAUUUAUUGUGAUUUUCCUUGCGCUAAACUUUCUUAUUAACAAAUUCCAGGCUUAUGCCUUUAUUGUUGAUGUUUUAAAAGUAUAUCGUUGUUAUUAAUAUUUUUUUAUUUUUAUUUUUUUAAAGCUGGUAUCUUUUUUUAAACAAUUUAGGUUACUGUUUCUAAAUUUAAAAAUAACCUAACCAUUUAUUCUUUGCCAUUCCCGUUCGAAUUUAUUCGAUAUCGAGUUUUUGUUCAGUUACGUGUAGUAAUAGAUUUGUCACUUAUUUUUUACUAAAAGAUAAAUAGGGGAAAUAUUUAAUCUACGUCAUCAACGAGAACGAUCGAAUAAUAUUAUAAAUUAUUUUUAUGAACACAGGUUAUGUAUUAUAGAUACCUAUUUUCAGUGACAGCGAGGGCUGUUAUUACCGAUUGUAACGACAAUGUUAUGCUCAAAAGAGUAACGCGCGCAGCGGUGUAGGCGUGUGAAAUUACUUGUAUUAACUUGUACAUAAAAUGUAAAUAUUAAAAAUAAAAAUAGUAAAAUUA